AUGACAGCGGUGUCAAAGAAGAUAUUAAGAUUAACCUUGACAGGAAAUGGCCAGGCAGCUGCCAACAAUCCAGAGAAUGAAGGCAAAUCGUAUUCCAACUAUCGAUACAAUACUUCAAAGAAUCAAUGGGAUCAGAUUCUAACUGAAGAUACUAUGCAUAGAGGUGGAUGGCCAUCAACAUUAAUAAAAAAAACAAAAACAGAAAUUUAA